GCGUGCGGCGUGCGAGUGCAAGCCGUUACAAGCCAGCCAAGCCGCUGCUGCGCGCGCGUGCGGCGUGCGCAUCUCAGGUGGAGUCAGUGCACGUGGCACAGACACUGGCCGAUGCGUGCAACCCGCGUGCUUAAGUCUUGGCGCCAGGAAUGUCACUGACAGCCUUGUGUUCCCAGCAAACUUCGUGGGAGUCAGCUGAGCUUUCAAACCACUGAGAAGCCUCUGGUGAAAAAAAAAAAGCCUCUUGAAGGAGGACUGGGGCUAAGCAGCUGGAACUUGAGGAAGCUGACAGCCUCCUCUGAAGAAAGCCCCCAGGACACUCCUGGCGGUGCUGUUGUGCGUGGCAGCAGCUGCAGCUCGGAGCUCGGGCUGGCGGAGCUGGCUGCAAAUGGCCUCAAAAUCGCGGAACACAAGACGCCCACCGAGCCCAGCGCCUUCCUGAGGUGCCUUCGACACCUGCUCCUCUUUGCUCCGGACCCAGAACACGAGCCCAUCAGUGAGGGGGCAUUUGGACCCACAGGAUCGCGGCCAGCUCCUGCCCUGGUGCCCCCUGCCCGGUGUCCAAGCCAAGGCCAACAGCUGUGGGGCUUCUGGCCUCGGGGGGGCUCUACUCCACUGGCAUGCAAUAGGGUGAAGGUGCAGACCGCUGUGUCCAGGCCGGCAUGAGGGGACUUGGAGGAGCACCUACCACCGAUGGAGAGAUGCAGAAAGGCCAGGGAAAUGGAAAGCGAGAACAGAACAGUGAUAAGAGAAUUCAUCCUCCUUGGUCUGACCCAGUCUCAAGAUAUUCAGCUCCUGGUCUUUGUGCUAGUUUUAAUAUUCUACUUCAUCAUCCUCCCUGGAAAUUUUCUCAUUAUUUUCACCAUAAAGUCAGACCCUGGGCUCACAGCCCCCCUCUAUUUCUUUCUGGGCAACUUGGCCUUCCUGGAUGCAUCCUACUCCUUCAUUGUGGCUCCCCGGAUGUUGGUGGACUUCCUCUCUGCGAAGAAGAUAAUCUCCUACAGAGGCUGCAUCACUCAGCUCUUUUUCUUGCACUUCCUUGGAGGAGGGGAGGGAUUACUCCUUGUUGUGAUGGCCUUUGACCGCUACAUCGCCAUCUGCCGGCCUCUGCACUAUUCUACUGUCAUGAACCCUAGAACCUGCUAUGCAAUGAUGUUGGCUCUGUGGCUUGGGGGUUUUGUCCACUCCAUUAUCCAGGUGGUCCUCAUCCUCCGCUUGCCUUUUUGUGGCCCAAACCAGCUGGACAACUUCUUCUGUGAUGUCCCACAGGUCAUCAAGCUGGCCUGCACCGACACAUUUGUGGUGGAGCUUCUGAUGGUCUUCAACAGUGGCCUGAUGACACUCCUGUGCUUUCUGGGGCUUCUGGCCUCCUAUGCAGUCAUUCUUUGUCGCAUACGAGGGUCUUCUUCUGAGGCAAAAAACAAGGCCAUGUCCACGUGCACCACCCAUAUCAUUGUUAUAUUCUUCAUGUUUGGACCUGGCAUCUUCAUCUACACGCGCCCCUUCAGGGCUUUCCCAGCUGACAAGGUGGUUUCUCUCUUCCACACAGUGAUUUUUCCUUUGUUGAAUCCUGUCAUUUAUACCCUUCGCAACCAGGAAGUGAAAGCUUCCAUGAAAAAGGUGUUUAAUAAGCACAUAGCCUGAAAAAGGGCAAAAAAAAAAAAAAGAAUAAAAAUAGACUAGAAUUUUAUCUGAAAUUGAUUUGUUUAUUUCCAAGUACUGCAAUCACUGAAUACCUCCCAUUUGUCAGGACUAUUCUGGGAACUGAAGAAAGAAAUUACGAGGCAGAUAAGGUCUAUCUGCUCUCCAAGAGAUACAACCUAGUAAAAAUAGACCGCCAUUAAGGUAGAAAAUAAACAGCAUAGUUUCAGGAAGAGAUACUGCUCUGUAAAAACUGAAAAGAAAAGUGAAAUGAUAAAUUGUGACUCUGGAUUGGGAGUAACCAAUUUGUGUUUAAUAAUCAAAAAAGGCCUUGAAGAGCUGACGUUUUGGAUGAUAUCUGGAUAAACUGAAGAAGACAAACAUGCAAACAUUUGUGGUUAUAGUAAUCUAGACGGAGGGCACAGGUAGUGCAAAAACUCAAAGAUGAUGAUGAACUUGGUAUAUUUGAAGAAUACAAUAAAGUCCAUGUUACCCGGAAUAUAGUAAUUUAAUGUGAAAAUGAUUAAACUUAAAGUUGGAGAUACUGGUAGUGUCAAAAACAUAUGGUCUACAUAGUAAAUAUGAGUUUUCAUUUUAUUACAAUUACAAUAAGAAGCCAUUCUGUGGCAUUAAGCAAAAGAGUGAUUCCUCUACUGAAGGGUCAUAAACGACUUAGGGCUGUAAACUCAAGAUUCUAUGCGGAUAUCAAAGACUUGAAAAAUAUCAUUAAGAGGAAAAUAUUAUAUUUGUAAGUGCACUUUGAAAGAUAUUAAACUACCAAUUUUUCUUACAUAAAUAAGCAGAGAGUGGCAAAAGAAAGCUGGUUACUUUUACUGAAAAAGAUCACAAAAACAUUUUACUUUUUUUUCCUGAAGCUUCAUUAUUAAUCCUAGCAAAUUUUUAUGACUUUUAGCUGUAUGUUUGACCUUAUUGCCAAUUGAUUUCACUCUAAGUUUAAUAAUGACAGUCUUUUCAUAGACCAAUCAGGAUUUUGUGUCAGAGAGAAGAAACCAUUCUAGCUAUUUUAAACAAAACAUCAUUUAAUAUCAAGAGAGGUGUUCACAAAAUCGCUGCAAAGUCUAAAAGAGCAAACUAUAGGCUGGACACCCAGAGAUGACUUACAGACUAACACAGGUGACCUAUGUUGUCAGGGAAGUUGUUCUUGCUACAAUCUUAGCCAUCUGUUGUCUGAAAAAAACACUACAAUUUUAGCCAUGUGCCUGAGAUCAAGUUGAUGAUCCGGAAUCACUUUGGACCUAACAAAUCGCCCCUAGUAUAACAGAAGCCUAUCCUACUGCCUCCCUUUAACUAGCUGACUACAUAUUCAAAUCUCAAAUGAGUACAUUAAAUGGGCAGCAUCCAAAACAUCUGGAACCCCAAAUGCAAGGGGGUCAAAAAUUGAGUUUUAAAAUAUUUUAUUUUUGAUAAAAACCAAAGUUUAUACUUAGGAAUAUAAAUUUUGUACAUGGUAAAAAUAUUCAGACUAUAGAAAAAGUGGUCUGAAUCUUCAAAUAAUCCUUCUCUGUUAUCACUCUGUUUAUUGUGUUGCUUCCUGUUUUACUGAGAAAGGUAACAGGUGAGAAUUCCUUAAUCUCCCAUCACUACCACUAUACAACCUGCAUCUGUGAUUAAGUUCGCCUGAAACUGGGUGACCUGAUCCUGCUCCUACAGAAGUAAACCCUUCCACCUGUGCACCAGAUUCCAUCCCACUCCUCUCCACUAAAGGCAAUUACUCUGGUAACUCUCCUUUCUCUCACCUAUAACAUGAACUUUGUCCUCCCUAUUGGAUGUAACCUUUAGCAUGUAACCGCAUUUCUUCCCUCCUAAAUAAAACCUUCUUGCCACCUUUUCCCCUGUCCAUGUCACUUCAUGAGUC